AUGCGGUCCAGCAUCGCCUGUGCCCGCUGCCGGCGCAGCAAGAUCAAAUGCGUCAAUGCCGGCAUCGACACCACCUGUCGCGCGUGCGAGUCCUCCGGCCGAGACUGUUCCUACCCGACCCCGGCCAUCGGUGUGAGCGGCGGCGCCAAACGAGACCUGGCGGCAUUAGCAGACGGCGAGGACCGGAAUGGCGAGUGGGAUGGCCCGAAGCGACAGCGCUCGCGCAAGACGAUCGGCAUGUCGGGCGCCUCGGGCUCCAAGGCCGGCCUGGAUGCGCUGGACUCGUCCAUUCUCACGACCAAGGUCUGGGAAGCCGUCUUUGAUCUCUUCCAGUCGCAUUUCGCUACACUCCUCCCUUUCCUUCACCCUGCGACGUUCCUCGGCCAGAUCCGCCAGCUGUCUGCGCCAGCUCCUCUACCCUCGGUCCCGGUGGUCGAUGGGCAAGAGCCCUCGCGAACCGUAGGAUCCAAGUCAGAUCCUUCGGCUUCACUGAUCCCGUUGGGAGUGCUGGCGCUCACCGCGCGCUUUCACCCGCCGCUGGUCUCCUACCACUCGCCAGCAUCACCGGGUCAUUCUCCCAAUCCUCUUGCCGCAUCCGAGUAUUAUGCGACGGCAUUGCGCAGCCGGCUGGCCGGCGUUGACGGCGCAAGUCUUGCCAUCCCCGAUCUCGCGCGCGUGCAGGCUCUCUUGAUGCUGGCGCUGCACGAAUGGGGCAUGUGCCGCGGCAAGAGCGCCUGGGUUUACGUGGGAAUGGCCAUCCGAGUGGCGCAGGCCAUGGGUCUCCCUUUUGAGUUGGAAAACGAACUCCCACCGCGUGAUGCGCCGCGCUUCUCGCCCGCCCUCAAAGCCGAAAUCGACCACUUUGGUAUGCCGCGGCGCGUUGAGCCCAAGGAGCAAACCUCCGACGAUAUCAUUGCCUUGGAGACCAAGCGCCGCACUUUCUGGGCUUGUUUCCUGCUUGACCGAUGCCUCAGCAGCGGCAAGUACCGUCCACGCAUGAUCGAAGUCAAGGAACUUGGCAUUCAACUCCCCAGCGACAACGCAUUUGCCUUUGGAGAGCGUGUACGAACCGCACGACUCAAUGAGCCGACCGCGCGCCGUCCCCAGAGCUUUGGAUCUCAGGGAGUUCAAAUUCCCAGCAUCCGACAAAGUUUGGGAUUUGGUGAUGAGAAACUCCCCGUUGGGAACGGUACGCCUGAUGGCAAGGCAUGGUCACCCAUUUCGCGUCGCAAGGAUUCGAGCGAGGACGAGGUUGACCGGUGGGAGGUCGGCGCCGAAGAGUCGGUGCUCAGUCGAGUGAUCCGGAUCAUUCGCAUUUGGGGUAGCAUCACCAAGUGGUCCUGCGCUGGUGGCCGCCGGACCGAACAGUACCCGCCCUGGCAUCCCGAGUCCCGUUUUGCAUCUAUUCGCACACAAUUGAAUGAGUUCCAGGAUGGCCUCUCCCGCAAUCUGCAGUAUUCGCUGCGGAAUACUGACACACACAUCAUGUACAAGACCACGCUGGCGUCAUACACGGUCAUGCAUGUUGUCUACUUUCUGUGUGUGAUUGUCCUCCAUCGCGCCUACGUCCCGUUUCUGCCUCUCCGCUGCAACGAACCAGUCGGCCCAUUGGAUGAGCCCCUGCUUCCAAAUGACAGUAUGAGCGGUCCACCUGAGGGCUUCUGGCACGAUAGCGCUCGCGAGCUCUUCAAGGCGGCGCGCCAGAUGAUCGACCUUGUGACCACCUGCCAAAGCCGCGGCGCGCUCGUCGACACUCCCCUGAUUGGUUUUGCUAUUUACAACGCUGCGUUCAUCGGUGUUUACGGCACUCACUUCCCGCAACUGGAUCCGGACGGGCUCAUGGGAGCCAAGCCGCCCCCUGCGAACCACGAUAGUCACCAACCCGGGGCCGCGCAGGUUCGCAAAUCCCUAGAUAUCCUGCGAGAGAUGCGCCCGCGCCUGAAGAUGGCUACGGGCUGGUUCCGCACCCUGAACCGUCUUAACAGCUACUUCUCGAAGGCGAAGCGGGAUCUCCGUCGACACUCACGCAAUCGUGGUGACAGCAUGUCCGAUGCGUCGGAUCACCCUGUCACCAACGGGUUCCGACAGGGCGGUGGCGGACCAGAAGAAUUCAAGCUGCUCGAAAAACUCUUCCAUGAUUUUGGGACUACGGAAGAUCAGCUGCCAGAUUCGGGAUUCGACGACGAUAGCACUGUGGCUCUCGCGGCCGGGGAGCCGAUGCCGGACCGGGCCAACAACCUCAGCGAUGCUGGCAGCAAUGCUGUCAAGAGCGAAACGGGUGACGCUGGAGAUCAGCUGGACGGUGCUGGUGGACGCCGCGAGUCCUGGGUGCCAAUCAACAGUCCUGGGAUGCCUCCUCCGGGCCAUGAGGGAGACCGUCGCCCAAGCCUGCCGCUCCCUACUAGCCGUCCCAUGCCGUCUCAAUCCCCUUACUCGCUCCCAUCAUUGCAGCAGCACCAUCCCGACGGGCCUCUGUAUACCUCGUCUCCCAGUUUACCCUCGCUGUCUGCAACGAGUAACCGCCUGCAGCCCAUCAACUCGUGGCUCCCUUCGCGCCCACAGGCGCCGCCACCACCGUACUCCCAGGCGCUCCCACCCAUCAACGCAACGACCUCGCACAGCGGCCCUCUUCUCCCACCGCCAGGGUCUGUAGCCCAGCUCGCUCCCUCACCCCCUCUGACAUCAAUGGAGGGUCCUGACACAAGUGCGUGGUCAACCAGCCUUGGCGGAGACGAUAUCCUCGCCUUCCUGGAUGCAGGUAACUGGAAACAGCUGUCCUCAAAUCUGCCAACGGAAGUUGGCAUCCCCUCUGGCUGGCUGAGCAUGGUGUGGACCGAGUUCAGCCGGUAA